AUGUCGUCGUCCGGCGCUCCUGCCGCUCCUCCGACUUCAGUUGCGUCGUCUUUGCAGUCUUCACAUCUUCCCGCGCGAGAUGAGGGGAAGUUCGCUGAGUUGGUCGACUCGGCGUCCCGGGCUCGCGGGGUCAGCGAUGGGCAGGAGCACCCUGUCAUCGAUCUGACAACUUCCCGUGGGUUCGACCGGGAGUCCGAGCCGGCAUCUCGCACUUCUCCUCCUCGCCACUUGCCGAGUCCGCGUGGCGACACCACUUCGGACGCCGCCGACCUUGGUCGGUCGGACUCGGCUGGGCCGUCCGAGCAACGCCGCAUCGAGAACGCGGACUUGGCUCGGCUGUUGUCAUUCGUGAUCACUCGUCCCGCGCUGGCGGCUGAUAGAGAGGUCCGCCGAGCUGCCCUCGAGGCGACGUCCGUCAGCGAACUCGUGCGCCUCCUUCGCGGUCAGCACCAACCUUCAAGUCAAGCUAGUGACGUCGCUGCACUGAGGGUUGAGCUGGAGUCUGCUUGGACUAUUAACGCUGACUUGACUCGGCGGCUGGAUUCACAGGCGGCUGUGAAGGCCGACCUCGAGGAACGGUUGAAGACUGUCGAGGAGGAGCGUGACCGAUGGAAAGCCGAGUCGAAGAAGUCGUCCCCUCUCCUGACCAGCUUCCGGAAGGCGAUGGCCGAGUCUGAAGCUUCCUUGAUGUCGGCCCGCAAGUCUCAGGAUGAUAAAGUGAAGUCGGCUCUCGCUCACGCUAAGGAUCUCGGCAGGCAGCUCAGGGAACGCGACUCGGAGAUUGAGCGGGAUCUCGACCAACACUUCGAGCAACUGCAGGAGUCGGUGACGGCGGCUGGUUCUCAGCGCAAGCCCAAGAAGCCACUCGAGCAGCCGUACGCGUGUCCACUUCCUGGUGAGGUCGGCCAUGAGGACGCGUUGGUCCAGCUUGAAAAGGCUGCCCAAGAGACUGACGCCGCAUGCGACCUAUCGCUCCGGUCGAGCUUGAACUUAGCCGGGUUGACUGUCGACGAUGUGAAUGUGGAGGCCGGCGACGAGGUUCACUCGCUGGAAGAGGACCUCUCGUUCGAUUUCACCGAAGUGCCUGGUUCCGCCGAGCUUCCGAGGGGGCCCGCCGGCCCGACUGUGAGUGUGCCGUCCGUGCAACUCGUGCCUUACUCUUCCUCCCCGGUGCAGACGCCUUCAAGCGGAGUGGCUGUUGUAUCGUUGCCUGGAUCUGCUGACCUUGCUGCAACUCCGUCCGCUUUUUCGCUUCCUGCCUCGGUUCCGUUCCCGACUCGUGUCCGGUGGGUUCCUCCCUCGACCAGCGUGCCGAGCGCGGCUGUGGUGACAUCGACUGUCGGCGCCGGAGGACAACCGGGUUUCUCUGCUCCCGAUCCGGCGCUUGCUACAACGCAUGCUGUGAUUGCGCCGAGCUCGACGGCUGGAGUCUCGGCUGCGGUCUUCUCCGGGUUCGGCCACUCACCGGCUCUUGGCAUGUACUCGUUCCCGGUUUGCCAAUCAAGCCCAGAGUCGUCGUGGCCCGUCAGGGGUGGCGUCGACUGUAGUCACCCCAAUGCCGAGCACUCCGUCGGUGGCCUCGACCCGGCCAGCGGUUCCUCCGAGCUCAGCUGGGAUGACUUCUCCAUCGGGUCGCCCUUUACGCUCCACUGCGGCUACGUGGUGUAG